GUGACGUUGACGUCACGUGGUUUCUGCUUCGUCCCCCUUUCGUUUGUGCUUGUACUUGCUAACGGAGCUAACAAAGCUUACUCGGUCUUUUUCUUUAUUCAGACUUUUUUAGAGACGCGGCGAUUACACAAGCUGCAAAUAAAGAUCAGGGGAAGAGUAUUGACAAUUCCCGUCGGCGAAUUUUCUCUCCGGGAGCGGAGAAGAGUGUGAGCUGCCAUGUACAAUGGCAUUGGCCUGACCACUCCCCGGGGCAGCGGAACCAAUGGCUACGUUCAGCGCAACCUGUCCACGCUACGGUCCAAGCGGCCCCGUGAUGAUCGCGGCGGCGAGCGUGAUGAAAAGGACCGCGAGCGGCUGGAACUUCAACUCAACCGGCAGCCCAACGCAGACAUUCUGGAGCACCAGAGGAAACGGCAGCUGGAGGUGGAAUGCGCCAAGUUUCAGGACAUGAUGGAGGAGCAGGGAUAUUCGGCAGAAGAGAUCGAGGAGAAGGUGAACAGCUUCCGAAUGAUGCUGCAGGAAAAGAAUCAGCCGCAGCCUCCCGCCGCUGAUGACAAAACCAGCGUGACCGAAACGCACGCCUUGGCGGCGGCCAACCAGCAGAAGAACGACCGGCUCCGAGCUGCCUUCGGCAUCUCCAGCGACUACGUGGACGGCUCGUCCUUCCACGCCGACCGCAAGGUGAAGGAGAAGGAGAAGCGCGAGCAAGAGCGCCUGGAAAAGCAGCAGCAACAACAACAACAACAACAACAACAACAAAUGCAGCAGCAGCAGAAAUAUACGUUGGUCGAGGACUCAGACGAGUCGGAUUCCCCACCCAAGAAACGCAGUCGCAAGAAGAAAAAGAAGACCAAAAAGAGAGCCGGCUCACAGAGUCCCUCGUCGCCUCCUCGCCGAGAGAAAAAAUCCAAGAAGAAGAAGAAGAAACGUGAGUCCUCAGCGUCGGAGGAGGAUGACAGUUCCUCAGACGAUAAGCAGAAGAAGGCGUCAAAGAAGAAAAAGAAGCAAGCGAGUAAAAGUCCUACAAAGAACAAGGCGGCGGCGCAGCGGAGCGUCUCGUCCACGUCGUCCCGCAGUCGCUCGCCUGCGCCGCUGCGAUCACGCAAGACACAACAGGUGGACAACGGGCACAGGCCAAGAUCUGCGGACCGGAGACGAGGCGGGAACGACCAGAGUCCGCGACGUGGAGGAGGUGACGAGAGAGAGAAAGAGAGGGGAGUGGCUUCCCUUUCCAGGAGGAGGCGGGACUCUACCUCUCCCGACAGAAAAAAAGAGACUGAAAGGAGCAAAGAGCGGCAGGGCGAAAGGCGGCGUUCACAAAGUAAAGAGCCAGACAAGAGAAAGAGGGAUAGCGAAAAGGGCGCCCGGAGGAGCUCCAGGAGCAAAGAGAGGGACAAACAGAGAGGGGGACCAACAAGUCCACAAGGUGGCAAAGACAAAGGUCGAGGAAGGCGUUCCACCAGCAGAGAAAAGCCAGAAAAAGCAAAGCCGUGUCCUCCCCAGAGGACAAGACAUGACUCUUCUUCUCCUUCACCUGCCAAAGAGGAUGCCAGGACUGGUCGCAGUAGAAGAGAGGAAGAGAAGAACGCCGGGAAGCGGGACACCAGGACCCGACACGAAUCCUCUUCUCCUUCACCACCCAGAGCAGACGCCAACAUUGGUCGCAACAGAAGAGAGGAGGAGAGAAACGCCGGCAAGCGGGAGACCAGGACCAGACAUGACUCCUCUUCUCCUUCACCGCCCAGAGCAGAUGCCAAGACUGGUCGCAGCAGAAGAGCGGAACGAGAGGAAGAGAAGAACGCCGCAAAGCGGGACACCAGAACCCGAAACAAAUCCUCUUCUCCUUCAUCGCCCAAAGUGGAGGCCAGGACUGGUCGCAGUAGAAGAGAGGAUGAGAGAAACGUCGGAAAGCGGGACAUGACGACCAGACACGAGUCAUUUUCUCCGUCACCUCCCAGAGUCGACGCCAAGACUGGUCGCAGCAGAGAUGCGCAACAAGAGAAGGAGAAGAACGCAGGGAAGCGGGACACGAGGACCAGACGCCACACUUCGUCCCCGUCUCCUGAGAGCAGAAACAGAGGAGACUCACUGCAAACGUAUAAGAGCAGAGAGGCCGCAAAAAGAGCAGAUGCCUCUUCUCGCCCUCCACCUCGUCAUUCUCGUUCGCCGCCCUUCAACGGACGCCAGGACCAAAGUCGAGGAGAUGGAGGGAGGACGUCUGACCAGGCACCGGGAAGUCGGCGCAAACCUGACACAAAGACCAGAAGUCCUCCAAAGCAGCAGGUGCAGGAACAAAAACAGAACGGCAGUGACAGCGACUCAUCCUCGUCCUCAUCCUCGUCUUCGUCGUCAUCAUCUUCAUCGUCCUCGUCAGAAGACGAAGACCAACCCGAGACAAGAGAAAACAGAAGUUCCGCUUCCAUCGGAGCAGCCGCUCGAAGGUUCGUCACCAACGGACGCCCCGAGACCUCACAAGAACCCCGAAGACCCCCCGAGCGGACACAAGACAACAUGGAGCGGCCCGCUCACAGAGCCCCCGCCGACCCCCCUCUAGGAAAAAACCAUAUGGACCGCCAUAGUCCACGGGAAAAGCCCAUCAGGAGGUCUCGCUCUCCGGCGGCCCACCGUGCCACCCCGCCCAAACAGUACCAGGACCACUCCAGGAGAAGUAGUCCUCCUCCGUCCCACCUCCGGGACCGAGGAUGGGAACGGACUGUCAGACGUAGCAGGACCAGGAGCCCCCGGAGGCGCAGCCCUCUGAUCAGGAUGCGCCGCCCACCUUCGCCGCCCCCCAGGAGACGCGACAGUCGCUCGCCAAUCAGGAGGCGUGACAGCCGCUCGCCCUCGCCAGUGCGCAGGAGGCCGCCCACUCCCUCCCCACCGCCAUUGCUUAGGAGGCGCACCAGUCGCUCGCCGGUGAGAAGGCGCACCAGUCGCUCGCCGGUGAGAAGGCGCACCAGUCGCUCGCCGGUGAGAAGGCGCACCAGUCGCUCGCCAAUGAGGAGGCGGACCAGUUGCUCGCCAAUGAGGAGGCGGACCAGUUGCUCGCCAAUGAGAAGGCGAACUAGUCGCUCGCCAAGGGGAAAGCGCAACAGUCGCACACCGUCACCACCUGCCAGGAGGCGUCCCAGCCCCUCGCCGUUGCCCCCAAAAGGGAGGAGGCCAAUUAGUCCCUCGCCAAAAGGGGCUGCUCAUGCUGCGUCCUCAGAAGGCGUCCGGGCGCAAGCUAGCCAAGUGGACAAGCGUCCGGGCAGGCCAGAGCAGCGGGCGCCACUCGAGAGAAUCGUUCAGCAGCCCAGACCGUCCUCGUCUUCAUCGUCUUCCUCCGACUCCUCGUCCUCAUCCUCGUCAUCAUCGCCUUCUCCGCCGCCGGCAAACAGGAAAGAGACCAAUCCUCCGGAGCGGGAGAAGAAAAAUCAGAUGGAAGACGAGAGACCAGAGCGCAGGAUGCCGAAAAGCGGUUCAGACACCUCGGCGGCUCGCGGGGAUGCGUCACGAGGCUCCAACGACCAAUCGGAGCGCAGGAAGUCGACCCCGGCCCGGCGGGAAAUUGUCACCGAGCGCGGCAUCAAUGGAAAGGAAUCCAACAAGAAAGCAAGCCAGAGCAGCAGCUCUUCAUCUUCAUCCUCAUCCUCCUCUUCAUCCUCCUCCUCAUCCUCCUCCUCUUCAGACAGCUCAGACUCAGAGGCGCAACCAGGAAAAGGGAAAGCUAAAGCUCAGCAGUCCCAAUCCUCCUCCUCCUCAGACACCGAAAAAGACAAGAAGGACAAAAGCGGCGGUGCACCUGGCAGGCUCCCGGCCGACUCACUGCGAGAUUCCCGCUCUCUGAGUUAUUCUCCUCCCCGACACAUGCGGAAAGCGCCCACUUCAGGACGCGAGUCGGGAGGUCGGCCCCGCUGACCUUCCCUGUGAACUUUGACCUUCAACAAACAAGCUCCUCCUCUUUCUGACAGCAGGAAGUGAAGCAAGCGGCGCAGGAAGCGAAGAUACGCCUGCUGCACACUUCUCCUUUUCGUGACAGCCCACAACCGUUUGGACUUGUCAUAUGGUCGUCAUGUGACUUCUAGUCUUGGCUUGACUUCGUGUGUCGCACCAUGUGACGUUUCUUUUGUUAUGGAUCCAAAAGGUGAUGAUAAUAAAGUUAAUUGUACGUUU